AUGCCAUCGACACGCCAAUCUCUUGAGCCUGCUGACAGCAAGGAUAUGCACUCAACCAAGCAAAUCGAGGUCCCCAAUGACUUCUCCUGGACCCCUGAGGAGGAGAAGAACUUGGUGAGGAAGAUCGAUACCUUUCUGCUUCCAACAAUGUGGCUCAUGUAUCUGUUGUCAUACAUGGAUCGUACAAACAUUGGCAACGCAAAAAUUGCAGGCAUGGGCGAUGACCUUGGCCUCAGUUCCGGCCAAUACUCCAUCGCUCUCGUCGUCUUCUUCAUUACAUACGUCAUCUUCGAGCCACCCUCGAACAUGCUCCUAGUCCGACUCAAGCCCUCCGUAUAUCUUCCCGCCAUCAUGGCAGUAUGGGGUGCCUUGACAUGCUGCAUGGGUGCUAUCAACGACUUUGAGCAUCUGGUUAUACUUCGCGUUUUUGUUGGCGUUUUCGAAUCUAGUUUCGCCCCGGGUAUUAUUCUCAUCAUCUCUUCGUGGUACAAGAAGGAUGAACAGUCCAAGCGUUUUGGUAUAUACAUAUCGGCAGCCAUUCUUAGUGGCGCCUUUGGUGGCCUCCUCGCUGGUGCCAUCACAGGGGGCAUGGAGGGCACUGGCGGUCUUCGCGGCUGGCGUUGGCUGUUCAUCAUCGAGGGAGGUGCGACUAUGGUCUGGGCUGGGUUCGCGUAUUUCCUGCUUUUGGAUUUUCCAGCCAACACCAAGUGCCUGACUGAUCGCGAACGAUUUAUUGCUACUGCACGCCUCCGUGAAGGCGGUGUUCAGACGCACGUUAAAGGCAACACGAGAAUCGGAAAGUUGGCGUCAUUCCGUCUUGCUAUUAUGGACUGGCGCACUGUCGCAUUCAUCCUCGGUUACAUGGUCAUUGUCGGCUCUUCCACACUCUCCUACUUCUACCCCACCCUCGUCAAUGGCCUUGGCUACACAGAUACUGUCACAGCCCAAUACAUGACUGUGCCUAUCUACGCCGUCGCCUUUGUCUGUACAGCCGUCACCACUUAUUUCGCCGACUCCAUCUCGAAUCACCGCGGCCUCGUCAUCUCCGGCUGGCUCACCUUUUCCCUCAUAACCUCCAUCCUGGUCUGCGUCAUCUACAACUUCACCGCACGCUAUGUUCUCCUCGUGCUCAUGGCCGCCGGCCUCUGGGCCUCCAACGCCACGUCCCUCUCUUAUGCCAGCGCAACUUUCGGCUCCAUGCAGCCUGAAGUCCGAGCCAUUGCCAUUGCUCUUGUCAAUGCACUUGGUAAUCUCGCCCAAAUUUAUGGUGCAUACCUCUUUCCUGCCGACGACAAGCCAAAGUAUCUAAUGGGCUUUGGCGUCAUCUCCGGCAUGCUGGGGUUUGGCGUUGUUGUAUAUAUUUUCCUGCAUGUUACUUUAAGGCGCAAGGACGGGUUGUCCGCUUUCUUCUAA